AUGGCGGCAAUCGGAUCAUCUUUGAAGGGCAAGCUGGUCCUCAUCACAGGCUGCACCGGAGGCAUCGGGCAGGCAACUGCACGAGCCUUCGCCCGCUCCGGCUGCUCAGUAGCAGUGCACUACCACGCGGCAUCCUCGCGCGCCAAGGCAGACACGCUCAUCUCCGACCUCAAGGCUGUCGCCAGCUCCGACGCGCGGUUCGCCGCCUUCCAGGCAGACCUGUCGAACUACGACGAGGCGCGCCGCCUCCAUGCGGAAGUCGUGCAGCAGAUCGGGCACCCGGACAUCCUCUUCGCGAACCACGGCAUCGCGGGGCCCAAGAUUGGUCCGCUGGGCGACAUCAAGGACGUGCCCGUGGAAGUGUUCGAAGAGACGUGGCGGACGAACACCGGCACGAGCUACGUGCUCGCGCAGCUCUGCGUGCCGCACAUGGAAGCGCAGAAAUACGGUCGCGUCAUUUUCACGUCGAGUAUCGCCGCAGGUAACGGUGGAGUGAUCGGACCCCACUACGCAUCGUCCAAAGCGGCCCUGCACGGCCUGGUCCACUGGCUGUCCCUGCGAUACGCCAAAGACGGAAUCACGUCCAACGCGAUCGCGCCCGCACUCAUCGAGGAUACCGCCAUGAUGGCGAAUCCGACGCCCGAGAUGCGGAGCAAGAUCCCCAUCGGGCGACUCGGGAAGCCCGACGAGAUGGCUGAGAUCGUCCUCCUGCUCGCGUCUAACGGGUACAUGACAAACAAGAUCAUCGUAGCGGACGGAGGCUGGACACACGGCAACUUCUGA